UGUAGUGACGGCAGUUUUUGCAUAGGAGAGUCUAGUCUGUGUGACGGACACACACUUUGUAGUGACGGCAGCGAUGAGGUUGGUUGUAAUAGCGGAAGCAAUGGCGGCAACGGUGGUAGCAUCAGUGUUCUAGAACCAGAGGCUUAUUACGACCCAAACGGUUGCGGCAAAUGGUACCCGAACAAUCCAUAUAUAUGUGCAGAUAAAAGUAUGUGUUUGAAAGAAAGUCAACUUUGCGAUGGUCUCAUCUACUGUCUGGAUUACAGUGACGAAGUUGAAUGUGGAUACGGUGAAACUGACAGCAAUGGUUGUACGGUACCAAAGCAAAUGGGUAACAGUGGAACCAAAUAUUUCGAAGACCAACUGCUCGAAGCGCACAACUAUUUCCGUUGCUUGCACGGAGUGGAGCCGCUCACCUGGGACAGCUCACUGGCACAGACGGGUCAACUCGUGGCACAGGACAACGCAGACAGAGGAAUGCUUAAACACAGCAGUUACGGAUAUGGUGAAAAUCUCGCUAUGUCUGGACUGGAAGAUAUGAGUUACGCAACAGGUUAUGGAUUCGUCAAGAUGUGGUACGACGAAAUAGACUUUUACAAUUACAAUAAUCCCGGCUUCUUUUCAUCUACCGGUCACUUCACCCAGGUUGUGUGGGCAGAUAGCAAGACGCUUGGCUGUGGCGCUGUCGACGAUGGCACAAGAGUUUGGCUUGCCUGUGAAUAUAGCCCACCUGGCAAUUACAACAACAAGUUCUCUUCAAACGUACCUCAACCAUUAUAAAGAUUAUGUUACGUUUGUAAAA